AGAGAGACGAUGGCCAGAGAGAAAGUAACAAGAGCCCGGGCCCUUUGCAUGAGGGGAUAUCUGCUCACAGUUUGCCUCAGUGUGUGGAUGGAUUCAGCCCAUGGAAUUGGGGUUCAGCUGAUCCCUCAGUAUCCGAUGGUUCGUCAGUCUGUUACCCUGAGUGUCACUGGAGUCACUGGCACAAUACGACAGUUCACAUGGUAUAAAGGUUCAAGUACAGAUGAUAAUAACCAAAUAUUUAAUGUUAUUCCAGAAACAAACUCAGUGACGAAUGGGCCUCAGUAUUUCUCUAGGGCCAGUCAUUUCCCAAAUGGCUCAUUGCAGAUCUCAGGCCUCGUUCCUACAGACCAGGGGAAUUACACAGUGUUUAUACAGACUAUAGAGGGUACAGCACAACAUACAGUUCUCCUGACAGUUUAUGAGCCUGUCACUUCCUCAGUGAUCAGCACAAACAAUAAGGAACCCCAGGAGAAUGGGAAAGUCACCCUCACAUGCAGUACAAAUAAUGCAGAAAAGAUCCUUUGGAGCAAAAAUGGUGUCUCUCUCCCUCCUGGACUGAUUCUGUCUGCAGAUAACAAGACUCUCACUUUCUCCAGUGUCUCUCGCUCAGAUACAGGACAAUAUCGAUGUGAAGCUUCAAAUGCCGUCAGUAAGAUUAUCAGUGAUCCCUACACACUAACUGUAAACUAUGGUCCAGAAAAUCUGAGAAUUACAGGUUCACAACAAGUGACUUCUGGGAACCCCAUAUCAUUAGAAUGUUCUGCUGAUUCUGUUCCUGCACCAACCUACCAGUGGAAAUUAAAUUGGACUGUUUUAGAAUUCCAGAAUAACAAACUGAACAUCCAACAGGCCACAUCUGAGAAUGCAGGAAAUUAUACCUGUAUAGUGACUAAUUCAGUGACAAAGCUCUCACGGGAAAUCUCUGUAUAUGUGACUGUGAAUGAUAAUCAAUGUCAGUCAGGCAACUCUGCAGCCUUUACAGCCGCCAUCAUCUGUGGGUGCAUCUUGGGGACUGUACUCAUCAUCUGUGCAACGUUCCUACUGUACAAGAGAUACGUUCUUCCCCUAAAAGGACAAUCAGGUGUCGGAGGGGAGGACCCAUCCCGAAUAUACGAUAAUAUUCCCAACACUGCAGUGUCUCAGCCUGAAAAAGAGGAGGGUCCAUACAUGGGACUGGAGUAUUCAACAGAGAAUACAUACAGUGACCUCAAACAAUAACAUUAUAUGAAUAAUUUAUAUGGAUGGAGAAGACUUCUAGUGGCAACAAUCAAUUUCUGCAUAUUACAUUGUCUGUGCACUGUUGCACGAUUUAUUUGAUUGACACCAUAACCAGUGACCAAAGAUUGCUGCAAAGAGGGGGUUCAGUACAGUUUUACCAAUCAGAAGCCUGAUAGCAUAGGACGCCAUGCCUUAUAGUGCUGUCAGUUCAUUGCACUGGCUCACGUGGGACAGAGCCUAUAUAUUCUAUGGGUGUGGGCGCUGCAGGAAUGGGCACAAUACAGAGCCGGACUCCGCAAUGUUGCUCCAUUCCUGCAGAAGCCAACCCUGUGAACUGCCAGUUGUCGAUCGCUAUGCAGCAGGAUUCUGAUUGGUGAGGCUUGCUUUACAUGGAAUGGAAAAGCUUUUUUUUUUUAUGCUUUCUAUAUAUUUAUUUUCAUUAUCUACCAGCUCGUAGGACCCCUAUUUUGUUCUUCACUGCAAUCUUUAUGAUAUUUUUCAUUGUAUUGUUUUGAGUAUGUUUUGAGUCUGUGUGCCAACGUUUAUAAUAAAGUGGUAAAUAAAGUGGUGGGUAUGUGCAAAUACUGCACCAUUCCUUUUUCUUUCUUCUGCUCUUAUUCCUGAACCACAUCUCUCAUAAUGACACUUCAAUUAGACUACUUUUAUGCUCCCCUCUUCUGUGCAAAGUCCCCUCUUUCCUUCACUCCAUUUUUUUAAAAUAUUACAAUAAUAAUAUUAUAAUAUUAUAAUAAUAUAAUAAUAUUGAAGCCUUGGUUUUUAAUGCAGACUAAAUUGUAUUUAUCUCUAUCUUCAAGUAAACAAUAUAUGGCUACUAGUUCAUGCUGGUAUUAUAAUUAUCAUAAUUCUUCACUGAAAAUCU